CAUAAUUUUGUACUAUCAGAUUCUUAUUUUCACUUACAAAUCAAAUUAUUGGUAUAUUGAAUUCAUUGCAUUUGUCAUUUAUUUAUAUUGAUACUCUUAGUUAUUACGAAACUCCCAUGGAGCUUUGUGCGAUCGAGUUUUUCUCACAGCCAACUCUGCCCUGAGUCAUGGAGCUGGCGGGGCUAUCAACACCCGAGCAUCUUGAUGAUCAGGGCAAAGCGUACACAUUGCAAAACGUGAUUUGUAAGGUCAUCAUUCAAAAGGCAUCGUCGACAGUCAGACAAGUCGAGAAGGAGAGAGAGACGAAGUGAUAUCCAAAUCGAAGGAACAGAGCACCAAACAAGGAGCAAGAACAAAAAUUAAAAUGGUUAUACAUUCAUACUAAAGAUGCAACUACUGCUCUUGCUGCUGCCGUGGUUGCAACUGCAACAGCCUCAGUUGCUGCUGUUGCCGUUGUCUGUGGCGAUAUUGGUGAUGCCAAGCGUGAGAUUAUCGACGAUUGUAUGCAGCGAUGAUGAUGCUGAUGAGGAUCAGGAUGAGACUAUGCACCAGCAGCAGCAGCAGCAUCAACAGCAACAACAACAGCAGCUGCAAAUGCAAUGGCAUUGGCAAUGGCCACAUCGCAUCGUUGGCUCCCGUGAGCAGAGCCCAAAACAAUGCAUCGAGAGUUGCGCUCAAGUUCACUUUUCAUGUGGAGGCUAAAGCUGAGGCUGAAGACGAGGCUGCGGCUGAGGUUGAGGUUGUGGCAGCUCCAGUCAUUGACUUUGGUUAUCGCACGCCAAAAAGACAAAACAGUUGCAUGGUUUGCGUCGACAGACACUCGGACGGACAGACGGACAAACAGACAGACAGACAGUCAGGUUGGCAGGGCCCAGUCAGGGCUUUGAGCUUUAUCUGCAUGCGAUCAAAUUUCCAGGGCUUCUGUUGUGGACAGCGACUGCGACCGCGACUGAGCUCCUCAGAGAGACCCAGGCGAUCAUAUUGAGAGUCUGCUUUUGACAUUUUGGACACAAUUUGAACCUUUUACUUUUUUGGACCGAGAGUACCCCACGAUUUCCAGUUUAAGCGUAGUUCCAGGAAUUCUACCAUUUCAACUCAACCUCAACUCCAAAGAGUGGCCUCAUCUCUUUCCCUUAGUAGCUGCCUGCCUUUGCUCGCUCCCAUGACAUUGAUUGAGAAAUUGAUUUAAGAAUCGUUUUUGCAGCGCUGAUUUCAAUCUCUAAAAGUGCACACUCCAUUGACUGAUGCCCUUUAUUCCUCCCGCCGACUUUGGUUUGAUUUAAUUGUUGCAGCUCUGGAACGCAUUUGUUAAAUUCACUCGAAAUCUUGAAGCGACUGCAACUAAAUCAAUAAGAAACACAUCCAUAUCAAGUGUUU